AUGUCGGAUCCUUUUUCUGUUGCAGGCAGUGCAGUGGGGGUGAUCUCUCUUGCGCUGUCUAUAUGCGGAAAAAUCGUUGACUACGGUCGGGCAUACCGUGGCUAUGACGAAGAUAUUCACAAUAUCACGGCAAAAGCCAAGUCUUUAAACGAAACUUUGGAGGCUUUGGAAGAGGCAAUUAAAUUUACUCAGGCCACUCAGCCUAAAGCUACCACUGACCUGUCAACCAAAGUUAUUGGUAUCAAGGAAACUAUCGCACGACUCAAGAGUAUGCUCAAACGAUACCGGGCCUGUCGAAACCACUGGCGGGGUUGCCCAAAGAACGCGAAAUCAUGCCAGGAGAACUUUUUAUCCCUUCCGGAAAGAUGCCUUACGAGGCAUGGCAGCAGAUUUGGACAGCCUGCAGACUAA